AUGGCACCCGUCGCAAGCAACAAUUCGGUCAACGAUGUACUCGGACGGCUAGGCCUCGACGAUCAUGGCGAGGUACUCAACCAGAAUCCCUAUGCGAAGCAUCCUCUGCUGCCUGUCAACCACGAAAUCGCUGGGACUGACCCAGAGUCUGUGAUCUUCUUCAACAACGUCAAGAUCCUCGACUGUACCGGCAAAGAACCCUACCAGGGCAACUGCCUCAUCAAGGGACAGCGCAUCGUUGCCACUGGGCCCAAUGCCACCCUGCCAGCUCAGUACAAGGAACGCGCAAGAGUCAUCGAAGGCAACGGUCGAACUCUCAUGCCCGGUCUGUGCGAUGCACACACACACUUUACAUGGAAUAACGGCGGUAAUCUCGAUGCACUGGGCGAAUUGCCAGUGGAGGAACAUCUCCUCUUUGCUAUUCGCGCUGCUCGAACCUAUCUGGACAGUGGCUUCACCAGUUGUCUCGGUGCAGCGAGCGCAAAAGAUCGUCUCGACGUCGUCUGUCGCGAUGCGAUCAACGCAGGCGACAUUGCAGGCCCGCGGUACCUCGCCAAUGCAAAGGAGAUUGCAAAGCGUGAUGGCUGUCUGAUUGCGAGCAUCACCGCGUUUGCAGAUGGCCCGCAGGAGAUGGCACAGGUCGCUCAGGCCAAUGUCGAUCUCGGUGCAGAUCAGAUCAAGCUCAGCAUGUCUGGCGAAGAAAUCACAGAGAGCAUGCAUGCCGAGGACAAUUACUUCUCUGUAGAGGAAACCAAGGCAGCUUGCGACGUCGCACAUGCCGCAGGCAAGCGUGUCUGUGCUCAUGCACGCUCGGGCGAGUCUGUCAAAGUGGGCAUCGAGAACGGUGUCGAUAUCAUCUAUCAUGCCUCUUUCGCCGAGAAGGAAGAAUGGGAUCUCGCUGAGAAGCACAAAGAUCACAUCUGGGUCGCGCCCGGCGUCAACUGGAUCGUCGCAACACUGAACGAUGCAGCUGCAUUCGGCUACCCGCCAGAGAAGGCAGAAGCGGUCGGCUAUAAGAAGGAGCUGGCAGCUUGCAUUCGCUCCAUGAAGGAGUUCAAGAAGCGUGGUGUCAAGAUCUUGCCAGGUGGCGACUACGGCUUUGCUUGGACACCUCAUGGCACGUAUGCCAGAGACCUGCAGUGGUUCGUCGAGCUGUUCGACCACACACCCAUGGAAGCCAUCCUCGCCGCGACUGCUCUCGGUGGCGAUAUCUUCAUGCGGCCUCACGAGCUCGGCAAAGUCUUGCCGGGCUACUAUGCAGACUUGCUACUCGUCGAUGGCAACCCGCUCGACGAUGUACGUCUGCUGCAAGAUCACGACAAGCUGAAUUAUAUCCUCAUCAACGGUCGGAUUCAUAAGCAAUGCAAGGCAGACGAGGCGCCCGCACCACCCAUCGCUGGUCAAGAUGGCGGCAGACAUGUCAUUGUGCCGAACAAGGGCUUCUUGCGAACACUCCAUUGA